GUACUGGGCACGCUGACAGCGGAAAAGGAUCUGUUUGAAUGUUGGGACGAAAUGGAUGCUUUCAAGCUUGGCCUUGUUAAACCACAGAAAGUGCCGAAACUGCUCAAUCUUCCCCCUGCAGUGUCUGCUCCUGCAGUUUCUAUCCCACUUUCGAAGAUACAAGUCGAAUCGUCAAUCGUCGAAGCGACCAGUAACUGUUUAGUGUCACCAUAUGUUCCCCUGUCUUUACCUGUGGUUGAAUCUCGACGCCAAGGUCCAUUGGAGAAAAUGCCAGUCAUCCCAUUACCGCGUGUGCAGCUUGACCGAUCUCAGCAGAACCAGACUUCGCGUAUUGCCCGAGACAAACAAAUUGCAACGCCCAUGCCGACGGUCAGAACCCCGAAGGUUUCCACCCGUAAACCGGCGAAGGAUCCAUCCAAGCAGCCGAUGGUACCUUCGAAAGAUUCGGUCGAUGAUUUCGUCCUGCGGGCGCUCAACAACGCCAAGGUCGAAGCAUGCAUUUCUAGUGUGGUGGAGGAAACUCACCUGCAUAAGCUGUCGGAGCAGAAGGUGGUCAUCCCUCGGCCUAAAGCCGCGUCCAGUCGAUCCCGGGCGAUCGUUGGUGCAACCACUAAAACACAAGUGUCUUCCUUUAAACCUUUUAAUGAAAGCUAUAUCGUCGCUCAAGGUCCGGGUCCACCCAUAACUGCUGUCAAACUUAAUGUCAAAAAGGCAUUAAGGGCAAGAAUGCGCAGCGCUGCCCAGAAGAAAUGCGAUGCAUCGUCGAUGACCGCCAAUAGAAUACGACCUCCUGCAGUGACCGUACCUACUUCCGAAGCCAGGCGCGGCUCCCUCCCAACUGCAUCAUUGCCGUUGACCAGAGUAUCCAGAGCUGUCAUCGACGAUCAGACACGGGCAGCCACCGAACAGCAGCCACCCGAGUCAUCGUUGCGACCGCCCUUUGCCUUGCCCACCGAUUUACUUGCCGAAAACGAGAAGAAAGUGGCCAAACUGAUCCUGUUCAAAUCCAAGAUGCACGAAACAAAAAAAAUGACCGACACCCAGUCGAUAGCUGACCGACCGACUGGCGAACGUCCGACGAUUUCUCAGCCGAAACUGGGGCCGUUGAAAAUCAAACUUCACCUGAGUCAUGCGAGAGACAAGAAAAAGAAAAAGGACAAGAAAACGGCGAAAUUGCGAGGAGUGCAGAAUUUGUCAAAUCGGGCUGAAUCUUCCAACCAUCCUCUGCUUCAGAAGGCCGCACCGGCCCCCGAAACGGAGCGCAAAGUGCCUAAGUUGAUUCUUAAGUUGCCUACGAAGCUGAAGGACAUAGGUAAAGUGUCUGAAAUGCUUGAAGUGGAAACACCGAAACAAGAUAUAAAAGAGGAUGAAGUUGACGAAAGAGCUGCUGAUCUUCGCGAUGCAACUUCGGCAGCGCCAUCUACUAGUUCUUGCUUUCAGCCAUGGAAUGUUAACCCUGAGGCGAUCGCUCCAUCUCUUGACCAGCCGUUGGAUUUGACUAAGCAUGCCAGCGAGUUGGUGGUUGUCGCUUCGCCCAAAUCUCUGCCAUCACCUCCAUCUAGAUCUCCGGAAAAAUCCCCUGCUGUCAUGGCUGCUGUGAAUUCACCGGUGCCUCCUACUCCAUCACCCCGCAGUUCCACACCGUCCAGCCCUAUACAUGUGGACGUUGUUGUCACAGAGGUAAAAGCUGCUGUGGAGGUUAUGGAAACGCCAACCGGCGAACAAAAAUACGAAGAGUCGCCUCCACGUGCGAAAACGCCCACGUUUCCACUCAUUCCGCCUGUUUCUAGUCCCGUCCGCGAGGAACAGCAUCCAGUGGCACAGCCUUCCGAGGAUCAAGUCCAGCAAGGCGACGAGGAAUUCAAGGACGACGGCGAUUGGCUUUGUCCGGAGUGUUUGAUUGCGUACAAGGAAGGCGUGGACAUGGUCGCUUGCGAUGGAUGCGAUAACUGGUUUCACUGGGACUGCGUUGGUUUGGUCACAGCACCUCCGGAAAACGAAAACUGGUACUGUAAGGAAUGCGUCGAUCUUAAAUGUACUCGGCGUUCGUCCUCGAAGAGCGGUUCGUCAAAAGUUAACGGGCCGAUGUCCAAGCGGAAGAGGCGCUGA